CCAGCAAUUUCUGUGCACGGCGGAUUAACGCAGGAGCACCGCGAGAUACAGCAGUAGCAGUCCAGAGUCUUCUAGAAACAACGUGCACCGGGGACCAGCAAACAAACCCGCUCUCUGCACAACCUUACACAUUAAAACUCUGGGCUAAACAUGGCUAAAUGGGGAGAAGGGGACCCUCGUUGGAUUGUGGAGGAGCGAGCCGAUGCGACUAAUGUCAAUAACUGGCAUUGGACUGAGCGCGAUGCAACAAGCUGGUCGUCGGACAAAUUAAAAUUCCUGCUCCUCGGGCUGAGCGUGGAGAACGAAGAGGGGAGUUGUGAGGUGACCGAAGUCAGCAAGGUGGAAGGAGAGGCCUCCAUUAACAACCGCAAGGGCAAACUUAUUUUCUUUUAUGAAUGGAGCCUGAAAGCUACCUGGACCGGAGAGUCAAAAGCAGGAGUCAAAUAUACAGGAACAAUUGAAGUUCCAAACCUUUCUGAUGAGAACGACAUGGAGGAUCUUGAUAUUUCUGUAUCGUUGAAUAAAGAUGAACCCGAAACGCCACUGAGCAACCUGAUGAAGACAAAAGGAGCUGAGAAAAUCCGCGAGGCCCUGGGAAGCUACGUUGGGUUCUUAAAAACAGAGUUCACACAGGGAAUGAUCCUGCCUACAGCCAACGGUGUGGCCAAGGUGCAGUCCACAUCCCAGUCCAAAGCCACGCAGGAUAGAACUCGGGUUUCCUCCUCAAGCAGCACAACUGCUCCAGUCAACACUGGCGUCAAGAUCCCCACCUGUAAGUUCAGCAUGAAGGAAAAGUUCCUCACCUCGCCGCCAGAUCUCUACAGGGUCUUCCUCAACCAGGAGAUGGUCCAGGCGUUCACGCACGCUCCAGCUUCAGUGGAAGGAGAGCGGGGCGGAAAGUUUCGCCUGCUAGAAGGAAAUGUUUUCGGUGAAUUCACAGAGCUGGUACCUGAUGAGAAAAUAGUUAUGAAGUGGAGGUAUAACAACUGGCCCUGUGAGCAUUACGCGACAAUCACCAUGACGUUCGUGGACCGGAGCAGCGAGACGGAGCUGAAGGUGGAGUGUCGAGGCGUCCCGGACAACGAGGAGGAGCGGACGAAAGAGGGCUGGAAGAGAUACUACUUUGAAGCUAUUAAACAGACAUUUGGCUAUGGGGCACGACUCUACUGAAGACGGUUCACUGUAGUUUUCAUCUGUUUUGACAUUUUUAAACUUCUUGUUCUUCGAUCUCUCUGGCACAAAAUGUCCCAUAAAGUCUAGCACGAGUUAAUGGUAGAGACAUUGAGUGGGGCCAUUUGUCACCCCUUAAUUUUUCAACAUAUUUAAAUCUAGAUUUCUCCCCAUCAGUGUUUGGAUCAGUUGUUCACAGGAGUGUAAAUGGACUGUGCCUUUGGGACUCUGGAUGGAAAAGGUAUCUAAUAAAGCAAAGAAGAGUCUAUUGGACCACUAAUGCAAA